UUAAUAUAUACUUGUAGUUAUCCCGAGUUUCAUGGUGCUCUGUUCGGUUUUAGAGUUUGAUAUAACUUCUAGAUUAUUUUUCCCUUUUAACCUUGUAAGUAUUAUUUAGUUUUCAAUACUAAUGCUUCUUUACUUGAUCCAGUUAGCUAAGUAAAAUGGAUAGAUCACAAAGGCAUUACGGAGCGGGUAUUACAAGGCAAUGUACAAUUAAAUUUGGUGCUGAUUAUUGCAACGCCAUUGGUGACUGCGACGCAUGGGAGGAAAUAGUUUGAAUGCAUUGUUUAGUUCGUCCUCCUAAAGACCAUAAGAUUCCACUGAAUUGGCCAGUAGGCAGGGAUGUCAUCUGGAGUGGAAAUGUGAAAUUAACAAAAGACCAUUUCAUGUCAUCUGGAAGCAUGACAAAAAGGUUAAUGUUAUUAGAGGAGAACCAGAUUGCUUUUCGCUCAGAGGAUGGAGUGGCAGAUGAUGGCGUAAAAGAUUACUCUUACCAAAUUUCGAAAAUGAUUGGGUUGGGAAGUGACCAUGAACUUCCUCCAGCUGGUGUGCAGACUGUGUUAGAUGUUGGUUGUGGGUUUGGUAGCUUUGGGGCUCACUUACUCUCCUUGAAUUUGAUUUCCCUGUGUGUAGUAGAUAUGGUAGCCAGGUCCAUUUAGCACUUGAGAGAGGCCUUCCAGCAAUUAUCGGAAACUUUAUCUCAAAACAACUUCCGUUUCCUGCAUUGGCAUAUGACAUGGUUCAUUGUGCCCAAUGUGGUAUCCUAUGGGACAUAAAAGAUGGGGUUUGUCUAAUUGAAAUUGACCGGAUACUCAAACCUGGAGGUUAUUUUGUUUUAACCUCACCCUCAAAAUCAGCAGCAAGGAGGUUCUAUCAAUACUAAGACCGGAAGUGUAUCAACUCUUUUUGAAAAGUUUACCAAGAAAAUCUGCUGGAAUCUUCUAGCACAGCAAGGAGAGAUUUCCAUCUGGAGGAAGACUCUAGAUCCUCAAUGUGCAUCUAUCAAGCAGAGAAGUGUGCCUGUUUGUAAAGGAGAUGAUUUUCAAACAUAUUAUCACCCCCUUGCUCUUUGUAUUUAUGGGACGAGGAAGAAGCAUCUGAUGCGAUCAACCUUCAUCCCUCUGUUAAUGGAUUGGACCAGUCAUUUUUCUGCGAAGCUACGGAUAUUUGAUAUAAUUUUUAGACUCUUAGCUAGUUUUGGAUAACUUUUUUGAACUCAUAGUUUUAGUGAAUUCAAAGUAAGUUUUUGAUGAAUGUUGUGAACCCAUACCUAGUUUUUGCUGAAUAUUUUUGGAUCAAAA